GGCUUGGAUGGAGCGAUCAGCCCCGCAAAGCCUCACGAAGGGGGAACCUCUCUUUUCUCUCCUCUGGUCCUCUUUUGUUAUUUUGACCGCGUUUUCACCAACAACCCAAGCAAAGAAGAGAGAAAAAAAAGAUUAAGUAGUAGAACAGGGGCGGCCUUUCGCUUCGAUUCUCCCCGGAGGAGGUGGGACUCUUUCGGGCUUCAUCGUGGCGUCAACUGCAGGACCUCCAGAAAAGUUCGCUAAAGUUUGGGAGACGCUGAGUCACACUGCUUCUUUUUCAGCUAAAUUGCCUGACUCACAAAGAUAAAACAUGGUGUAAUUUAACCCCACAAUUUCAAGAAAGAGCCCGCGGGUAAGACGAGUUGAAAGAACCGGUUUUCCUUCGUCCCCUAGCCGCGCGGAGAGCCUGGAUGGUCGGCUGUUUUUUCCUGCUUCACACGGCGGCUGCGGAGACUUGUCACGGAGGAGUGAACUGACUGCAAAACUACUUCCCAAGCAAGCUCCACACGGGCAAAUAGUCGUCCGUCGCCCAAAUGGACCUGAGAUAACGCCCGUGCUCCCUGCCCUCCUCCUGCUUUUCUACCCCACCCCUCUUCCCCCCCUCAGCCCUCUCUCCCUUCUGCCCCACUCUCUCUCUCUCCCUCCUCUUUAGCCCCUUCCCCUCACCUGGCACAAUGUCCGACACGGGCUCCGGCUCCGAGGGUCUGGGGCCGCCCGCGGUGGUGGACUGCAGCCUGGAAAUCGAGAGGAAGUAUGACGUCAUCCCGGCCGUCAUCUGCUCCAUGUGCUGCCUGUUUGGGAUCAUCUACUGCUUCUUUGGGUACCGGUGUUUCAAGGCCGUCAUGUUCCUGUCAGGCCUGAUCUUCGGGUCAGUCAUCAUCUUCCUCUUGUGCCAUAAGGAGCAUGUCCUGGACACUCAGCUGAGUGUGGAGGCCAGUGCGGGCAUCGGCCUGGGCAUCGGGCUGCUCUGUGGCCUCGUCACUAUGAUGGUGAGGAGCGUGGGCUUGUUCAUGACCGGCCUCCUGCUCGGGCUUCUUCUCGCCCUCGCCGGCUUGCUGGUCACAGAGCAGUUCUACACCCCCACUACCGUCUGGGUGCCUCUGGGGGCGCUGUUGGGCUCGGGGAUGUUGUUCGCGGUGCUCACUCUCCAGUGGCAGAAGGCGUUCACCAUGUUGUCCACGGCAGUGUUUGGAGCGGCCAUCAUGACGAUCUGUGCAGAUUACUUUGUGGAAAUGUUGGUUCUGGGCACAUAUGUGUAUGAGUGUCUGCGUCUGUCUCCCCGCACCCCGCUCUGCUGGUACAGCUGGGUGAUCCUGGGCAUGUGGCCCACCCUCAGCCUCAUCGGGGUCCUGGUGCAGUGGAAGCUCACGGACGACAGCUUCUCUCACACUGAAGUGGUGCUGAGCCGCAGACAGAAGCGUGUGCAGCUCAUGAGGAUCCGAGAGAAAGAUGCUAAAAAGCACCAGCAGGGGGCAGCACAGGAGGGCACCUACCGCCGCAAAGCUACACCUGUCAAACGCUACGCAGGGGACCUCCUCGCUCCGAGUUACCUGCAGAGUCUGAGGGACAGGCAAAUGGGCACUGGGACGUCUCUGAGCAGCAUGGGCACCUCCAACCACACCAUGAUCGACCUGGACUACGACACUGGCUCUACUGCCCCCCUCACAGCUACAACCCCUGUGGUCAGAGUGUGAACUGCACCUCCAACCAAACCAUGAUCGACCUGGACUACGACAACGACUCUGCUGCCCUUUCACCGCUACGACCCCUGUGGUGAAUGUAAGAACUGCAGCUGCACCAUGAUCGAGGUGGACUGCAACACCUGCUUCACCACCCUCCUCACAACCACUCCCCUGGUGGUCAGAGUGUGAACUGCACCUCCAAACACAGACCAGAUAUUCUCCUGAGUUUAACUUUCCAUCCAUUUAAAUUUAAGAGUAGUAAUUCAGAAGUUUUUGCUUUUUUCAAUGGAAGAUGACUGCAGAAUGACUGGACUAUUUUGUGUUAAGAAAGGUCAAAUAACCACUGAUACAAGGAUGUUUUGAUGAUGAUUCAAAACUAUGAGACUGAAAUACACUGCCCCUAGUGAUCUCAGCUCCACAACGCACAACUAUUUCUGUUCAAUAAUAUGUUACUUAUAGAAGCUCAAAGAAGAACAUUUUUUUUUUUUUUAAAUCUCCAUUGAGUAAGUAUGGGAGCAAACUUGAGUUGAAGAGGACCAUGCUCUGAAAAAUUGUAAUUGCUGCAAUUUUUUAAACCACUACGUUGGGUUAUUCUGUGGAAGAAGUUUUGGUUGCUUUUUUUAUACUAAGUUCCCUUUACAUUUUGCAGUAAAGCACAAGAUGGCGACAGUUAGUUUUUGUUAUGCAAGUAAAAGUACAAAUACAGGGGCAAAACUAUUAAGUAAAAGUAUCACAUAAAACACUACUUAAAAGCAAAGUAGUAGUAAAAGUAUUGAAGUACAGUGUUGUAUAAAUAGGUUAAAAUGCUCUCAGCAAAAAGGCGAUAUACUUUUUAACUUUAAAGGUGCAUUAAAAAACACCAGAAAGUUCCGUAGUGCAUCAUUAAAAUAUCCAGGUCGAGCCUCUUGAGUCGCUUCAUAGUUAAACCACAACCUUAAAAUAACAAGGUCCUCCAUUUCUUGUUAAUAUGUAUUCAUUCAAUACAUAACAGCUGAGCCUUAAAGGUGAACUAUGUAACUUUUCAGGUCCACCUUCUACUCGUCUCCAUGGAUACCGUAGCCCAGUAUGUCCCACUAUAUCGAUUCAUCUUGCAUUUAUUUAAUUACAUCUGUUUUUAUUGUUAAAGAAAUACCUUGAAAGCAUUAACAUCUCCAUGGAGACGAGCAGACUGCAUACCCCCCAGUAGAAAAGUUCCGUAGUGCACCUUUAGUUUAGUGUUUUUGUUGGUGAUAUUGAGUUUGUCUUGAAAAUCUCUUUGUUUGAUGCUUUUCUAAGUCUUAUUGGUUUAACUGUGUGCUUGUCAUUCAAAUACAUGUGUGAAUUUUGCAUGUGAGUUACGUUUAGGCAUAGAUUUGUUCUUAAAAAUGCAAAAAUAGUAACAAAAAUGAAGAGUUAGCUAGUACCAAUUGCAGUAGCGUGUGUGUUCUAAAUAUAUUUUAAUUUAAUUUAUGUAACGAGCAAAUACAAGGUAGUGACGGAGCAUGUUUUUUUUGUAGAUUUACUGUUUAAUUUUGUUUCUGAUAUUUUUAAUUUACAGGAGCAGUGCACUUGUUGCCCAACUUUGUACAUAUGUGGAUAGAAAUUUCUAAAAAU